UUUCUUUAACAGAAAAUCCGACGAGGGAUACUACCACUGUAGACUAUGCACCAAAAAAUACAAGCACUCGGAAGGGCUCUAUAAUCAUACUCGUGCCGAACACAAGGAAUUGAAAUUCUACCACUGCAAUAGCUGCAACUUCUUCACUCUUUGGAAAUCUGCACUUGGCCGACAUGAAUCACUUUUCCAUUUAGAGGAAGAAGCAACAGGCUCGAGUAAAAUUGAAGAUCUCUACUUAUUUUGUUACCACUGCCCUUUCAAAACUAAAUCUAAAGCAGAGCUGGAAAACCACAUUCAAAUUCAUUUCAACUACAGGGUAACAACGUACACAUGUUCGAAAUGCAAGAAAAAUUUUGCAAAAAAAAGUUUGUACGAUUUUCACAUGAAUUCUCACAAAAGGGGUGAAAUAACAAUUUGCGUGUACUGCCUCAAGAGUUACACUAAGAAAUAUUUGAAGAAGCAUCUAACAGAUAUUCAUGGCGUUUACGAUACUCAUCAUUUUUGUGGAAAUUAG